GCUGCUCAUACCCUCCAUCCCUGCAUACCGCUCAGUUCGGCACGAGACGUGUCACCCUAUAUCCAUCCUCAUUCAUCACAUACUUGAUUUCCGCAUCUGCCCCUGGUCCCUUUUGCACCGCGUACCUAAAUACUCGUCAAAGGAUCCAAACGAGACCUCCGUUAUCAAUCCAGUCUCAUUCCACCCAGUUUUACACGUCACCUGCUAUGGCUACCCUAGGCAUACCCUAUUUCCUCGAAGACAAGACCGGUCUCCUCACUAGCUCAGACUUCACAGACGUCAACGAUCGAAUGCGUCUUACCCUUCGCUGUACGCUGAAAGACUCUACCCGUUCCGCGUAUAUGAUCCAUUCCAGCUCUUCGCGGGUACCCGCUGCCGCCUUGGAUUUCGGUUCGAAGGGUGAGCUCGGGACAGUCACAAUUAAUGUGAGCGCGUUGAGUGGCGUGGGAGGAGGGAGGCCGCACGGAGUCGGGAGGGCGAGCCUAAGUGCGGGGAAGACGAGGUCGAUGAAGGAGUGGUUGGUCAAGGUGAAUCCGUUUGGGAGCUCAACCUUCCGUAAAUUCGUCGCAUCAGACGGGCAGACGUACACUUGGAACUGGCGGAGUAGAGAAAACUUUGAGUGGACCUGCCUAAAUUCGUCAAAUUACCUCGUCGCAUACUAUAGUCUCAAAGUCCCCGGCGAGCCAGUCUACCCUGGCUCAAGUGGGUGCAUGUUGACUGUCGACGAAUCAUAUCCUCAUCUGGCUGUCGAACUUCUUGCAUCGCUAAUCAUCAUGCGGCAUAUUGCUCAGCAUGAUCUGUAAUUGCGUGGCCGUCGACUUCAACAGCGGUAUCCGCUUUCCGUGAUCGUCGCGGUCGUGUUGUGUUUCAUUCAUCGUAUUGCCUCGCGGACGUUUGAGCGAACAUACAGUUUCGUCGUUUCACCUUGACAUCAUCAGCAAUCAUCGCCUCCUUGCAUAUUCAUUCUCAUCAUUGCACUCGUCCCUAUCCCCAUUUCGAGACUCCUACCUAUCAUCACCCUCACCGCCAGAUGCGAUCUAGUGUCCACUUCUCAUACCUCGUCUACGCCUCGCAUUCGGACCCUGCCCCAGCUCCGUCUUAUCUCGAACUCCGACCUUGCUGUGCAUAACUCCAAUCGUCAGCCCGCAUCACUCUUUCCUUCUUCAUUCCAUCUCACAGCCUUCCUCUCAAUGCCUAGUCCAUCUAUUAGCUCUCAACAGUCAACCCAUGUUCCUUAUUCCAUAUGUUCCUUAUACUGUAUCAUACCCUGUAUCACCCCACGUCACCUUCGACCUUCCUUCCAACCUCACAUCUCUCCUUACCUUUGUCUCGUUCCGUCUCUAUCACCCGUCGACCGCGUCAGCUUCCGACCUAGUCGCCACCUUACCUCGCC